UGGAGUGAGCAUUGAGUCGCGCUCAGUAACGACCAGUCGGUACGGUAAGUCGCGCGCGAUAUUAACGGCUCUGCUAAAACUCGGUUUUUGUUUCUGAUUGAAUGUUAGCUUUGGGUGUUCGAAAAAUAAGUUAACAGAUUAAUAAAAGUGGUCGAGUGUUGCAAGCAAUAAAACCAGUGGAAGAAGUUACACGAAGUUAUUCGUAUCGAAAUUAUAAAUAAGUGUCUUGUGAAAUAGCAGAUCGAGGUAAAUCAAACCGCCCUCCCACAAACACACACCGAAGUUACCCACGUAAGCGGCGUAAAUAUCGAGAACGCGGAGCGAAGGAGAUAUUUAGAUCUUGCCACACACCAAAGUUUCAGUCCCCUCAAGGUGAUCGGAACAGGGUGCGCUUCGGUCAAAAUUAAAAUUGGACCACAACAUCAGCGGAAAAUAUCAUCAUCGUAAAUUCCUCGAAACUAGGAAAACCAUCGGAUCCGUCAACGAACAACGGCAGUGGUGCACUCAGACACAGAUAGAGUAGCGAGGCGACGAAUUCGAGUGAACGAAAACAAAAAAAAAACAAACGCAGUGAAACAACGAAACUUUUCCUCAAGGAGUUUCAAAGUAAAAAAGUAAAACAACUAAAACACAGCAACAACAAAGUCCUGCGACUGGUUAGAGGUGGUAGCAGCGCAUAUUUUCUAGAAGUGCCACUCACGAACCGUCGCCGUCUGCCGUUGUCAGGAGCAGCAGCAGCAGCAGAAAAUGUCGACACUGUCGCUACGAAUCAGCCUGGAGGGCGGCCGAGUCACAAAGACGAUCCAGUUCGACCCGAACACGACGGUGUUCGAUGCGUGCCGCAUCAUCAAGGACAAAUUUGCCGAAGCGGUACAGGGACAGGCGCAGGAAUUUGGACUCUUUCUGGCAGAUGAGGACACCCGGCAGGGCGUUUGGCUGGAACCGGCGCGCAAUCUUGGCUACUAUCUGCUGAGGAAUCACGAUGUGCUGGAGUACAGACGGAAGCAUCGUAAUCUGCGCGUGCGGAUGCUGGAUGGGGCGAUCAAGACCAUUCUGGUGGACGAUUCCCAGCCGGUGUCCCAGCUGAUGGUGGUAAUUUGCACGAAGAUCGGAAUCACGAACCACGAGGAAUAUGGGCUGGUCCGGGAGGAUCCAGAGUCGCAGAAUGAGAAUUUGCCCGACAAUAAGUCCAACAUGGGAACGCUCACGCUGCGUCGUAAGGUGGCCGACAAGGAGCGGGACUCGAAGAUGGAAAGCUUGAGGAAGAAAUUACGCACGGAUGACGAAAUUAAUUGGGUGGAUGUUGGGAAGACUCUGCGGGAGCAAGGGAUCGACGAAUCGGAGACGGUUUUGCUGAGGAGGAAAUUUUUCUACUCCGAUCAAAACAUCGACUCGCGGGAUCCGGUUCAGCUGAAUCUUCUGUACGUCCAGGCAAGGGAUGCCAUCCUGGAUGGUACCCAUCCGGUAACACAGGAAAAGGCAUGCGAGUUUGCCGGUAUCCAGGUGCAGAUUCAGUUCGGUGAUCACAACGAGGCGAAGCACAAGUCUGGGUUUUUGGAUCUCCGCGAGUUCCUACCCGGCUCGUACGUCCGGGUCAAGAGCAUCGAGAAGAAGAUAUUCGCCGAGCACAAGCGUCACGUUGGACUGUCCGAUCUGGAUGCGAAGUAUCUGUACACUAAGACCGCACGGGAGUUACCCACCUACGGUGUGACGUUCUUCCUCGUGAAGGAGAAGAUGACCGGAAAGAACAAAUUGGUUCCGCGUCUGUUGGGCGUAACCAAGAGUUCGGUGCUGCGGCUCGACGAACAUUCGAAGGAAAUUCUGAAAACCUGGCCACUGACCACGGUCCGUCGGUGGGGUGCUUCUCCGAAUACGUUCACGCUGGAUUUUGGAGACUAUGCCGACCAGUACUAUUCGGUGCAGACGACUGAGGCAGAGCAGAUUGUGCAGUUGAUUGCCGGCUACAUCGAUAUUAUUUUGAAGAAAAAGCAGGCAAAGGAUCAUUUUGGCAUCGAAGGAGACGAAGGGUCUACCAUGGUGGAGGAGAGUGUGGCGCCGUCAAAAGCAACAUUCUUGCAGCAUGAGGAGACUAGCCUAGCUCAGGGAAAGGUGGAAACGCAGUCGAUUGCUAAACCGGCCAUCAUGCGUGGAUUCGACGGCGAGCGUCCAUAUGGCACUGGGGAAAUGCAGUCGAUGCAGUACGGUGCCAUCGUAGGACAGGUCAACCUGGCACAUCAACCACCCAUGCUGCAACAAACGCGCAUCAGCACUGUUCUGUCGGAGCCCCAGCGCGCUCUCAUCGGAUAUAUUUCCGCCGGUCAGGAUGCCAUCAACAAGGCGGAGGAGGACCUCAAGAGUAAGGCUCAGCUUCCGCCGCUUGGAACCGAUCCGGGAUCGUUGCAGUGGCGUGAGGAAACGCUGGAUACCUCCAAGCAGACCGUUACCACCCAUUUGGCCACCAUGAAUGCGGCCACCGCUCAGGUCGUGACGGCAUCCCAGCCGGAUGAGAUCGAUCACGAUGCGGUUGGGGCUGCCGUGUCCCAGAUCACGCAGAGCAUACCGGAGGUGACGAAGGAGGUUCGACUGAUUGCCGCCCUCAUGGAUGACGAUUGUACGGGGGAUAAGUUGCUGGAGGCCACUAGGAAGCUGUGCUCGGCCUUCAGCGAUUUGCUGAAAUCGGCCGAGCCGGAGAGCAAGGAACCACGGCAGAAUCUGCUCAAUGCGGCUAGCCGUGUGGGAGAGGCUAGCGGGCAGGUGUUGAGUACCAUGGGUGAGGAGAGUAUGGAGAGCAGAGAGCUGCACGACAUCUUGCUGGGUUUGGCUAAAGCGGUCGCGAAUACAACCGCCGCCUUGGUGCUGAAAGCUAAAUCCAUUGCGGCCGUAACCGAUGAUGAGGCCACUAGGAACAAAGUCAUCUCCGCGGCCAGUCAAUGUGCUCUCGCCACAAGCCAGCUGGUAGCGUGCGCUAGGGUUGUCGCUCCAACGAUACAGAGUCCGGCAUGUCGCGAGCAGCUGGAAGCUGCAGCCAGGGAGGUUGCCAAAGCGGUGGCCAGCCUGGUUGAGGUAUGCAACGAGGCAACCGACAAUCAGCAGCUUCGUGGCGAUCUCAUGUCCGCCGCUAAAGAUGUCUCCAAGACGCUUGCCGAACUUCUGGAGCACAUCAAGCUAAGCUCUCGCGAGAAAGCUCGUCGAGUGGAUGAAAACCCUAUGGAGGAUGUAUUAGUAGCAACCGACAUUCUCGUCUCUUCGACCGAUCCUCAGGAAAUGAUACGACAAGCCCAACAGCUAGGUAAAGCCACAGCACAGUUAAUCCAGAGCAUCAAGGGCGAAGCAGAACGUCAAGAUGAUUCGAAUAUCCAACGCAAACUUUUGGAAGCCGCUAAACAACUUGCGGACGCAACGGCACGGAUGGUAGAAGCUGCGCGUCUCUGCGCUGGCAACCCACACGAUUCCGGUCACCAAGAAUCACUGCGUGUCGCAGCGGAAGAGCUGCGAGUGAUCACCACUACCACCGCCAAUACACCGGCCAUCAAGCGCAGAUUGAUCAAUCGCCUGGAGCAGUGCUCGAAGCAGGCAGCUUCAGCGGCAACUCAAUGUAUUACAGCCGCCCAGAAUGCUCUGAUGCAUAGCAAUGAUGUCCAAACCAAGGAAAUAUUGCUGCAGGACUGUCAAACCGUGGCCGAUCAGAUCCCUCGUCUUGUCGCGGGUGUGAAGAAUACCCUCUCGCGACCCGAUGAUCCAAACGCGCAGCUUGGUUUGAUUGACGCCGCCGAAAUGUUCCUGGAGCCGGGAGCACAGGUGGCCCAAUCGGCCCGAGACCUUCAGCCUACCGUUAUGGAGCAGGCUGCUUCCCAGCAACUGUCCCGUUGUGCGUUGAACCUUAACCAUGCCAUCCACGAUCUUCGUUCUGCUGCUCAGCGAGCGAGAGAAGCCUGCGGAGGAGGCGAGUUGGACACAGCCCUGGAAGCUGUUCGUAAUCUGCGAAAUGUACUUAACGAUACACGUCGAGCUGCCCAGGAAGGUAACUUGAGACCCCUUCCGGGUGAGACAGCAGACAGCAGCUUCAAACAGCUGGCGGCACACAGCAACAGCGUGGAUUCAUCCCUCUACCAGCUGAUGUCAGCCGUUCAGCAAGGUAACCGGACCUAUGCCGGCGUCGCCGGAAGGGACGCCGCUCUAGCGCUUGGAGAGUACACCAAGAGUGUCCGUGGAGUUGUGGCGACUACCAAGAACCCAGUCGUGGUCGAUUGCGCUGACGAAGUGAUUCUGGAUUCGAUUCGGGUGAUCGAGGAGGCUCAGAAAACUCUCCAAAACCUUGGUAACCAAGAUCAGCUGAUUCUGGCGAUGAAACAAACAAAGAGUUCGCUUGGUAGAACCAUCGAUUGUCUACCGGGAGUGAAGGAUAUCAACGAGGCCUUCGAGAAUAUGGGUGAUCUGAGAGCUAUUCUGGACACUGGUGAAUAUCCCCCAUCUAGCCGCGCCUAUGGACAGUUGCAAAACGAGCUGAAGGGAGCGGCGGAGAAUUUGAACACUGCCGGUGGUCAUGUGGCUCAAUCGUACGAUAGUUCCAUUAAGCUGGCCAACUCCAGCCAAGAAUUCUACCACGCCUACAAAGAACUUAUGACGGUUACCUUGGAGAUGGCCGGACAGACCCCAGAGGAUCGGGCUCGCGAAGAGAUCGUCAACUCGCUACGUGGUGUUUCCAAUCAGUCGACCACCCUGCUGGGAACUGCCAAGCUGGUUGCCGGGGAUCCGGAUAGACCGAAUUCGAAGAACGAACUAUCGUCGGCAGCUCGAAUGGUCACCGAAAGUAUCAACCGUUUGGUGGACGUCUGUACGCAAGCCGCUCCUGGUCAGAAGGAGUGCGACAGUGCCAUCCGAAGCAUUGAAUCGUUGAGACCACUGUUGGAGUCUGCCCAAGAACCGCUGACUGAUCAGGGUUACUUCGACUGCUUGGAUACGGUCAUGGAAAAAUCCAGAACCCUGGGUGAUGGAAUGACAGGAAUUGCCAACAACGCUAAGCUUUCGAAACAUGUCGAAUUUGGACAUUCGGUCGAUUCGGUUUCCGAAUCGAUCCGCGGGUUGAUCGAAUCUGCGGCUCAAGCUGCCUACUUGGUGGGUAUUUCGAACCCCACGAGUGUCGGAGGUCGUCCAGGGUUGGUAGACCAGGCGCAGUUUGCUCGUGCCUCCCAAGCGAUUCGUCAGAGCUGUGAAGUUCUACGUGGACCUACCUCCACCCAGCAGCAAGUGCUGUCCGCUGCAACGAUCAUCGCUAAGCACACAUCGGCACUGUGCAAUGCCUGUCGCAAUGCUAGCUCGACCACAACCAACCCUGUCGCCAAGCGUCACUUUGUUCAGGCAGCGAAAGAAGUCGCCAACUCGACCGCUGAUUUGGUUCGUGAAAUCAAGGCCCUGGACAAGGACUACAGUCCAGCCUCUAGAGCCCGUUGUGCCGCUGCUACCGAACCUUUGUUGGAAGCGGUGUCGUCCCUCUGUCAGUUCGCCAAUUCUGCGGAAUUCACUUCCGUACCGGCUCGCAUCUCAACCGAUGGAAGAAAGGCUCAGGAACCAAUCCUUUAUGCUGGUCGGGGUAUCCUAGAUGGAGCGGUAGAUAUGGUGAAAACAGCGAAGGUGCUUGCGAUGACUCCAACCGAUCCUCCUGUGUGGCAACAACUCGCCAUUCACAGCCGUAACGUUUCCGAGAGCAUCAAAAAGCUAGCCUCGAGUAUUCGCGAGAAGGCUCCCGGUCAGUUGCAGUGUGAUCAGGUUCUGGAGAUUCUGAAGUCAUGCGCUAGGGAUCUGAACUCUGCCGCUCUGGCAGUUGGAGUUGAUGGUUUACCGCAGCGCAAGGAGAACAACCUGCAAGGGUUCACCAACCAGAGUCUGAACGCCGCCUCGGAAUUGAUCGACCGCCUGGAACCAAUCAAGUCCUCCGCUAAGAAGAACGCCGAAAGCCUGGGUCACGCCGUCAAUCAGAUCGCAAAACAUGUGGUUCCGCUGACAAAUGGCGUCAUCGGUGCUUGCUCUCAUGUAGUCCACUCAGGUCAGCAGACUGUUCUCAUCGAUCAGGUCAAGUCCGUUGUCGAGUGCUGUUCGCAGCUGGUACAGGUUGCUAAAAAUGCAGGAGGCAAUCCACGUGUUGCGCAUCUUCAUCCGGAGCUGGAUGAGUCCGUGGAAGCCACUCGGGAGGCCAUUCAGGAACUCAACGCCACCGUCGAGCGUCUUUCCACCGAGAAUGGUGUGGUCACGGGACUGAUGGAGCAGAUCUCCCGAUCUAUGUCUCGCAUUACCGACAAACGUCAGUCCUUCCUGGGAGCUUCCUUGAGCGACACAUAUGUUGACUAUCAGACACGCAUGGUUCAAUCGGCUAAGGAGAUCGCUCGGUUUGCUAAUGAAAUCAACGCCAAAGCUGCCGUUGAUCCUUCCAAGCUGGCUCAACUUUCCGUCGAGAUGACACAUCAUUAUACCCAGUUGGCUCAGGAUUCGAUUGGGGCCUCGGCUCUGACGACUUCACCGGACGUCGCAAUCCGUAUUCGUAACACCGUUCAAGAUCUUGGUCGCUCGGUGAAUGUGUUGAUUCAAUCGACCGCUGGAAUUCGCAAGGACGAUAGCUCCGGACUGGUUGAAAUCUCCCGUGGGGCUCGUGAUGUUUCGGAGAAGGUCUCACAGGUGCUAGCCGCCCUACAAGCUGGAUCACGCGGUACCCAGGCCUGCAUCAAUGCUUCCAGCACGGUGUCGGCCAUUAUUAGCGACUUGGACACUACCAUCAUGUUCGCCACCGCCGGAACACUGCACUCCGAAGACGAUGGAAAGUUUUCGGACCAUCGCGAGCAUAUUCUGAAGACCGCCAAGGCUCUUGUAGAGGACACAAAGAUUCUGGUGGCGGGUGCUGCCGGAACGCAGGAUCAACUGGCGGCUGCUGCGCAGAAUGCGGUUACCACGAUCCUGCAACUGGCGGAAGCGGUCAAACACGGCGCUGCCUCGCUCGGCUCCAAUCAGCCCGACUCGCAAGUGAUGGUGAUGAACGCGGUGAAAGAUGUCGCUGCAGCACUGGGUGAGCUAAUAAACGCUACUAAGCUUGCAUCCGGUAAACCCAUUAACGACCCAGCUAUGAAUGAUUUGAAAGAUAGCGCUAAGGUCAUGGUGAUGAACGUCACCUCCUUGCUGAAAACUGUUAAGGCCGUUGAAGACGAACACACCAGGGGCACACGCGCAAUGGAAGCUACCGUCGACGCCAUUUCACAGGAGAUCCGCUCGAUGCAGUUCGCUCCCGAUAUGCACCGGGCCAGCCUGCAGCAGCUGGCGAAACCGGAGGAUCUGAUCACGGUGACGAAACACGUGACGGCGGCAACGGCGAAGGCCGUAUCCGCGGGCGCCUCCAAUCUACAGGCGGACAUUGCCGCCGCAGCGAAUCUGGGCCGUAAGACCAUCUCGGACAUGUUGGUGGUGUGCAAAGCGGUCGCGUGGUCCUGUGCCGAAACGCAGGAACUGCGCCAGCGCACGCUGGAUGCAGGCUCGGCUGUCGCCAUUGCAUAUCGGGAUCUGUUGGAGAGUAUCUUGAGCCAUUGCUCAGCUGAUGAGAGGAUGCAGCUGUCGCGAAGGGUUGCCAAGUGCGUUACGGAUUUGGUCGGUAUGGCACAGCUGCUGAAGGGCUCCGACUGGGUGGAUCCGGACGAUCCGACCGUGAUUGCGGAGAACGAACUGCUCGGGGCGGCCGCCUCCAUUGAGGCUGCCGCCAAGAAGUUGGCUAGUUUGCGGCCAAGAAGGCAACCUGAAGUUAAGGAGGCGGACGAAAACAUGAACUUCGACGAAAUGAUUUUGGAGGCGGCGAAGAGCAUUAUGGCGGCCUCAUCGGCCUUGGUGCGAGCGGCAAACGCCGCCCAACGAGAGCUCGUCGAUCAGGGUAAGGUUGCCCGGCGCCCGUUGACAUCUUCAGACGAUGGCCAAUGGUCAGAGGGACUGAUUUCAGCUGCUCGACUUGUGGCGGCUGCCACACACAGUCUGGUUGAAGCAGCACAGCAUUUGGUCAUGGGUACAGGAACCGAAGAAACACUGAUCUCCACGGCUAAGCAGGUGGCUAGUUCCACAGCGCAGCUGUUGAUCGCAUGUAAAGUUAAAUCCGAUCCGAACUCGGAAACCGGUCGAAGACUGCAGGCCGCAGGCAAUGCUGUUAUCAAAUCAACCGAUAAAUUAGUUCAGGCGGCUCAACAAGCGAUCGAAGGUGAAGAGGAGCACACGUUGAAGCUGAACAGAAACAUGGUCGAUGGAAUGGCGCAAGAGAUCAACGCUCGCUCGGAAAUUCUAAUGCGCGAGCGUCAGUUGGAAGAGGCCAAGAACAAGCUGAUCGCAAUUCGUCAUGCCAAAUACCGACAGAAGCUGGGCGGUGGUUUCACCACCGACAGCAGUGACGAAGGUGGCGUCCAACCUCCCUCGUUCACCGGUUAUCAAGCGUCUUCCCCGAAGCCACACACAUUGCCCAAACCUGGUACUUACUCCCCGACAACCGUCACCAGCUCUCAAGCGUCUUCCACGGGAACAUUCCCGCGCCAACAGCAACAGCAGCAACAAACUUCCACCAGUACCGUCACCAACACAUCAACCUUCCAAAGAUCGCCACUGCUGACAGCCAACGCCGUUCCGAAACCCUACCAAUCGGACACGAUCAAAUCCCCGACCGCCCUGGUAUCGCCCUCGAUUCUUAACCGAUCGUACGAAACGACCCGAGUGGAAAAUUCCAACCUGAACGCAGGUAAAUUCAAUCGAGCCCACUUUGAGGCAACCGUUCAGGAUUUGCAGAGCAAGGUUCAACCGCUGAGCACGUUCCGAUCGUCACCAACUCAUCAGAUGCAGCAGCAGGCGGCCUACGGGACAAUCACAUCGUCUACUACCGCGACCGCUACCAGCAAUGGCACGAUGGCGCCACAGAAUUAUGAGGGAUUUACUACCAGAUACGAAACCCGUGUCUUCCCAAUCGCCAGUACUAAUUCAGCCCCUAAUAGCCUAAUCAAUGUUGAGCAGCAGUUCGCUAAACUAAACCUAGAGAGCCAUCACCAGCAGUCGCAGCAACUGCCUCAGCCUCAGCUAUUGCAGCAUCAGCAGCACCACCACCAGCAGCAGUCGCAAUUUGGCACCAAUACUAGUAGUAGUAGCAUUAGUAACCACCAGCAGCAGUAUCGCAUCAGCCCAAUAAAUAACAACACAAUCGCUCAGCUUCCCAGCAGUAGUAACAAUGGUACACUUAAUCUACCCGACAGCAGCCACAGCAGUGGCAAAAUCGAGCAAAGAAUCGCUUCCAGUCAAUCCACCACUCACACCCAGCAGAAGCAGCAGCAGCAGGUCAUUACCAAAAAGAUCCAUAUGACCACUUCGUCCUCGUCGACGAUGAAGUCGAUGAGCAGCAGUACCAACGAAUGGAAGUAGAGUGCCCCACGUGAGCAGGUAAUUUUUGUUGUAAUUUUUUGUACAGCUAAGCAUCCGAUCGGAAGAGGAUAACGAAGAAAAUCUUCAAACGUGCCUCUUUUUAUGCGAUUGAAAUUGUUAUCUAAAAGUAGAGUUGAAACUGAAAAUGGCUACAAUCGAUGGUAGUUUCCAAUGCGUUGAAAGAUGUUGUUAAUUGGUGAUGAUAACGCGGCCAUUCAUUUAGUUGACUGGCAAUAACUUACGCAUCUAGAUUUAAGUGCGCCCCUGUUUCCCCUAAAAUGUUAUUACCCCCAUUUGCUAGUUUUCUCUUAGAACAAGUGCCUCUAAACGUAUAUUUUUUACUAUAACCAAUGCCGAGUAACUAACUCCAGAUGUUUUAUUGUAACAACAGAAGCUGUGUUUUAUCUUCAGAAGUUCACAAAGUGCCACAAAACUGACCGUUAUAACACAUUUUACACGCACAUUCAGGUUGAGCCAAUGCCUUACGACGAUUUGUUGUGCUCUCCAGAGCCACAUAGAAGAAACAAGUUAAGAAGUUUUUACUUACAUCAUUAAUCUUACAGUACCACAAUUUGCCUUCGGAACAAAACGUGCGAAUAGAAUUUAGUGAAAAAUAGGAGAAGAAGAAAAAAAUUAAAUGCCAAUAUAAUCUAAGUGCCAUUCUCUUCGCUUGCAAGCCGCGUGGUGUUAUAUAAUAUUUUUAACGCAGCCAUAGCGACAGCAUUUUAUAACGUUGUUUUACACCAAACGAAGAGAAAAUAAAACAAUAUUUUACGAGAGUGAAAAAAUCAAAAUUUUGAAACCCCCUAGAAGAAGUAAUUUUUCCGUGUGUAGAAACCGUAGCCACACGUUUGACAGCCUAAGCCGCAUACGAGCAUUAACAAAUCUAAAACAAAAAAAAAAGGAGUUUUGUUUCUAGUUGUUCAACAAAUAACCGAAGCGAUUUACAAUUUGAAGCCAAUUGCUUGGGCAGCCAAGCGUUAGUAAUAGCAUGGAUGAAUAUAGAGUAACGAAGUAAUUUGAAGGAAAAAAAAGGGUUAAAAAGUAUUUUCUAAUAACGAUAUUGUAAACGAAACGAUUAAAUCAAGUGUUGAACUUUUGCCGCGCUAAUGUAUACGCGAAUGGAUUGGAGAAUAGUGUAGCAGGCAAGAUGAUAGUGAACGAAACAGUAAUUUCUAACCAAUAAAGUGCUUUAGAUGAA